ACUCCCCACCUCCAAAACCCUACCACCGAAGAGCUCCACCAAACCCGCGCCGCCACCUAAACCCUAGCAUUUCUCCUUGCCAUGAUCCGUUUAGAGAAGUGUAGUCGCCUACACCGUCCACCACCACACUAGUCCGCACUUCCUACGGCACGACCAUCUCCACACUCCAGAUCCCACUAUCAACGACGACUGCAUCAUCCGGUGUUGACGACUCCUUUCUCCGCACGCCAGGACCGCCAUCGACGAUCUGCGGGUGCUUCAGGCCGGCGACGGCGACUGAGUUCUCCACAGGGCCGGCCUCGACGGCGACUGUGUUCUCCACAGGGCCGGCCUCGACGGCGACUGAGUUCUCCACAGGGCCGGCCUCGACGGCGACUUCUUCCUUGCCCCCCGUCUGUCCAGAUCCGACCUCCUUGGCUAUUUCCGGCUGACUUUAGCCAUCCAGCUCUGACAGAUAAUGGCACGUAAAAGAGCCAUCUUUAGAAACUUCCCCAAGUGGUGGCUUUUCAAAUUAAGGAAGCGGAAAGCACGUAGGCUUGCUCCACUGCCUCCCCCAUCACCUCCACCACUGCCUCCCCCACCAUCUCCUCCGCCACCCCAAUCACCUACACCACCUCCCCCAGCUAUUCCUGAGCCUUAUUUUAGCCCUGUUACCCACAAUCAAGAGCGCCGUGAUCAAAUUGCCAAUGCUCUAGUUAUGCUUGCUAUUGGUGAUCCUGAAGCUGAAGAUGAGAGUUAUGAUACAUUCAUUCCUGUCAUCAAUCUUAGGGCGCAUCAAGGAUCGUAUUGCCUUCUUUUUGAGAGUGCUCUAAUGAAACAGCGUGAAGACGAAUCUCCAUUUGGUCAUCAUGUCCUAAACUUUCCUCUUCCUGAUGACAGUGAUGUUUUACCUGUGCCCACAGAUGCUAUGCAAACAAAGACCUUUGAGAAUACAGAAGGGGAAAUAAGUUUGACUGUGCUAUCUUGUAAAACAGAAUUCCAUCACUGUGAUUCCAUUGAAUUUGGAGGAGAGGUUGUAGUGGGUCAGAAGUUGUUCUUAUAUGACCUCAGAUAUGGCACUCCUUCACUCGUCGAUGGCCAUGUGACCUGUGUAGGUUCAGAUUCUUUUGUGCUGGAUGCUAACUCAUGUGAUGGUUUUGUGAAUGGAGCUCUUGUAUUUGAUGAUGAAAAUAGACUCGUUGGAGUGGUGUAUCAUCAAGUCGGCUCUCCAGUAGCUGUCAAUAUUGAUCGUUUAGAGGAACUCUUGUUACAAAUCUUUCCUGGGAAUCAGAAUAUGGAUGACUUUUACCAGAGUUUAGAGCAAAUGUGAGUGGCCCCAGCUCCACCUCAGGGCUAAGCAGGCGGUGCUUAAAUUGGCGCCUUGGCUGUGCUUUGCUGCUCUGCUUCGGCUGUGUUUUUGCCAAUCAAUGUUGUACUUGCGUGUCUGCUCAACAACUUCUGGCAGCUACUUGUGUUAGCCUAUGACUAUCCCAAGCUACUUGUGUUAGCCUAUGACUAUCCCCAGCUACUUGUGUUAGCCUAUGACUAUCCCCAGCUACUUGUGUUGACUCUAUUAGCCUAUGGCUACCCCUUUUUAUUUUGAAGUUGUUGCAGUAACCCUGCUAUGUUGGCUGUUAAGAGCGACUUGCCGAUUGUUAUGCUGUAGACAAAACAGAGUUUUGGUGAUGCUGACAAAGGGGUGGUAA